AUGGAGAAACUAAAUAAAUCCUUUGCAUCAGUCUCCAUGGCUGACAACAAGCUUGUGGACCAGGGGGAUCCGGUGGAUAUAGUGACCGAGACCCAUGUGGGGCCGGCCAACCACAGUAUGGUGAAUUACUUCAUCCUUCUGGGGAUCCCAAACACCGAUGGCCUCCAGACCAUCCUCUUCUUCACCUUCUUAGCCUUCUACCUCUGCACCCUGCUGGGCAACCUGCUCAUCUUCUCAGCCGUCCUCGCCGACCCCAGCCUGCACACCCCCAUGUACUUCUUCCUCGGCAACCUCGCUGUGCUUGACAUUGGUUUUUCCUCCAUCAGUACCCCUAAAUUUCUGGCCAACCUCUGGGCCAACAGUAGAACCAUCUCUCUGGGCGGGUGCAUGGCCCAGGUCUUCUUCUAUCACUUCCUGGGCAGCACCGAGUGCCUGCUCUACACGGUCAUGGCCUUAGACCGGUACGUGGCCAUUUGCUACCCGCUGCGCUACCUGGUCAUCAUGAACUGGCGGGUGUGCACUCUCCUGGCUGCCGGCACCUGGAUCACCAGCUCCUUCCACGCCACCAUCCUCACCAGCCUGACCUUCACGCUGCCCUACUGUAGGUCCAACGUGGUGGACUAUUUUUUCUGUGACAUAUUCCCUGUGGCCAAGCUGGCCUGUGGGGACACGUACAUCAUUGAGACCGUGACCUUCACCAACACUGGAAUGGUGCCCAUGACUUGCUUCACUCUCAUCCUCGUGUCCUACGUCCGCAUUGUCUACACCGUUGUGAAGAUGAAUUCGGGUGAAGGGCGGCGCAAAGCGGCCUCCACUUGCGCCUCCCAUCUGGCGGUGGUGAUGCUCUUCUUCGGGCCCUGUGCUUUGAUCUACACCCAGCCCCAGCUGAGCAAAGUGCUGGUGACCCCUGUGCAGAUCUUCGGCAAUGUGGUCACACCCAUGCUGAACCCGCUCAUCUACACCCUGCGGAAUAAGGAGGUGAAGACAGCUCUGAGAAAACUAAGAGGGGGUCAGACACCAGCACGUUGA